AUGCAAUCAGAAGAGUUCAGGAAGCGAGGUAAAGAAAUGGUAGAUUAUAUAGCUGACUAUAUGGAUAAGCUGAGUUUAAGACGUGUAACACCUGAAGUAGAACCUGGUUAUCUCUCUCAACUUUUACCAAAAGAAGCCCCAAAGAAACCUGAAGAAUUCAAUGAGAUCAUGCAUGAUGUAGAUAAAGCAAUAAUGCCAGGGAUUACUCAUUGGCAACAUCCAAAUUUUCACGCUUAUUUUCCUGCUGGUAAUUCCUAUCCAUCUAUACUGGGGGAUAUGCUCUCCAAUGCUUUCGGUUGUAUCGGAUUUUCUUGGGCUGCAAGUCCGGCAUGCACUGAAUUAGAAACAAUAGUACUGGAUUGGAUGGGUAAAAUGAUCGGUUUACCAAAAGAAUUUCUACAUGAAGAUGGUGUUGGUGGAGGUGUUAUUCAGGGUUCUGCAAGCGAAUGUGUUUUGGUAGCGUUGCUGGUUGCUCGUCAUCUGGCUGUCAGGCAGUUGAAGUCUCGAUUACCCUAUACCGAGGAUGGUAUUCUACUAUCUAAAUUAGUAGCUUACUCAUCAAAACUGGCACAUUCAUGUGUAGAGAAAGCAGGGAUGAUUGGUUUUGUUAAAAUGAGACAGUUAGACGUAGAUGAAAAUUUUGCUCUCAGGGGAAGUGUUCUAGAAAGAGCUAUUGAAGAGGACCGACGGCUUGGACUUAUUCCAUUUUUCGUAAGUGGUACUCUUGGAACUACAGCCUGUUGUUCGUUUGAUAAUUUAGCUGAAUUAGGUGAAAUUUGUUCUAAUGAACGGAUCUGGUUUCAUGUUGACGCAGCUUAUGCUGGUAAUGCUUUGAUUUGUCCAGAGUUUCAGCAUCUGUUAAAGGGAAUUGAGAAUGUGAACUCUAUAAAUUUCAAUACCAAUAAAUGGUUGCAAGUAAACUUCGACUGCUCUCUUUUCUGGGUAAAGGAUAAAGAUACGUUAACAACUGCUAUGACUGUCGAUCCUUUAUACCUACAACAUAAACAUAGUGACAGAGCCAUAGAUUUCAGACAUUGGGGAAUUCCACUCAGCAGAAGGUUCAGAGCUUUGAAAUUAUGGUUUGUUUUGAGAACUUAUGGUGUUGACGGACUACAACAUCGAAUCAGAGAGCAUUGUCGAUUGGCUAAACUGUUUGAAACUCUGGUGGCCACUGAUCCUAGAUUUGAAGUUUUGGGUAAAGUGACCAUGGGAUUGGUUUGCUUCAGACUCAAGGGUUCGAAUUACCUCACUCAACGUUUGUUGAAAUUUACCAAUGAAUCGGGACAGCUGCAUAUGGUUCCAGCACUGAUCAAUGAGCAUUACGUCAUCAGAUUUGCUAUCUGUGCUGAGAGUGCUUGUGACGAGGAUAUCUCAUUUGCCUGGAAAGUCAUAACCAAAACAGCAACAGAAAUGUUAGCAGCACGACUCAGUCGAAAGGAUACUAACAUAUCCAUGGAUCAGAAGAAUCAAAGCUCUAUGGACAAUUCGACUCGUCUUCGGAGAAACAUGUUUUUGAAAAUGGUUUCUGAUCCUAAGAGCUACAACCCGCGUGUUUUGAAAUCUUUGAAUUUUGAUAAAAAUAGCAGCAGACAUCGAAGUAAAUCUCUUGGUGGUAUUGGACCACUUUCUCUUAGUCCUGAUUUUAAUUUUGGUUCAUCCAUUUGA